UUCAAUAAAAACUUUUAAAGCGUUUGCUAAUAAAUGCUUUCUGCUCGGAUCAGUAGCAACAUGAAGUUAUUGACUGCAAGUUGUGUGAUAUUAUUGGCGGUUGUAGUUUGUUUGGCCGAGGUUCAGGGACCCCCGCGUGCCAAAAGAAGUUACGGCGAGCCAGGUCGGCCGGGACCUUAUGGCGGUGGUGGCGGAGGAGGCGGCGGUCCAACUGGCGGUAGAGGUGGAGAUGGUGGAUGGGGUGGCCAAGGUGGCUUAGGUGGCCCUGGUGGCCCUGGUGGCUCUGGUGGCGGUCAGCCAGGUCAACCUGGACAACCUGGUGGCUGGGGAGGUACUGGUGGUAAUGGAGGCGGUGGUGGGGCCUACGGCGGAAGGGGAGGGCAGGGUGGCUAUGGCGGUGGUCGGUCAGGGCAACCUGGGGAACCUGGUGGCAAUGGCGGCGGUGGCGGAGCUUACGGCGGAAGAGGAGGGCAGGGUGGCUAUGGGGGUGGUCAACCAGGCCAACCUGGGCAACCUGGUGGCUGGGGAGGAGGAGGCGGCUAUGGCGGCAAUGGCGGCGGUGGUGGUGGCAAUGGCGGUGGCGGUGGUGGCAAUGGCGGCGGUGGUGGCGGUGGCAAUGGUGGGCAAGGAGGUGGACCUGGUCAACCAGGACAACCGGGACAACCAGGUUAUGAUUAUUAAGCAAUUAAAAUAACCCUGCUCACAGAAAUAUUUCGCUAAAUACUAAAACUGUUCACUUUACAUUGCUUAAUAAAUGGUAUACAAAUUUUUUUUACUCCAACUUUUUACAAA